GACUGAAGAGGGUAUGGCCAUGGCCACAGCUCGAAAGCGAGCCUGGCCCCCUUGGCCCCCUCUCCUGUUCCUGUUCCUUCUGCCCGGAGGGAGCUGUGGUGGGUGCCCUGCUGUCUGUGACUGCACCUCACAGCCCCGAGCAGUGUUUUGUGCCCAUCGGCGAUUGGAGGCUGUGCCUGGAGGACUCCCACUGGACACUGAGCUCCUGGACCUGAGUGGGAAUCGCCUGUGGGGACUUCAGCGUGGCAUGCUCUCCCGCCUGGGCCUGCUCCGGGAGCUAGACCUCAGCUACAACCAGCUGUCCAGCCUGGAACCCGGAGCCUUCCAUGGCCUCCAAAGCUUACUCACCCUGAGGCUGCAGGGCAAUCGGCUACGAAUCAUGGGGCCUGGGAGCUUCUCAGGCCUACCAGCCCUCAGGCUGCUGGACCUUCGCCUCAACCAGAUUGUCCUAUUCCUUGACGGAGCCUUUGGGGAGCUGGGCAGCCUUCAGCAGCUGGAGGUUGGGGACAACCACCUGGUGUUUGUGGCUCCAGGAGCCUUUGCAGGGCUGGCCAAGCUGAGCACCCUCACACUGGAGCGCUGUAACCUCAGCACAGUGCCCGGCCCAGCCCUGGCCCGCCUCCCGACACUGGUGGCCCUCAGGCUUCGAGAACUGGACAUCAGGAGGCUGCCAGCCGGGGCACUCCGGGGCCUGGGGCAGCUCAAGGAGCUGGAGAUCCACCACUGGCCAUCUCUAGAGGCCCUGGAGCCUGGGAGCCUGGCAGGGCUCAAUCUUAGCAACCUGGCCAUCACCCGCUGCAAUCUGAGCUCCGUGCCCUUCCAAGCGCUCCAUCACCUGAGCUUCCUCAGGGUCCUGGAUCUAUCUCAGAACCCCAUCUCAGCCAUCCCAGCCCGAAGGCUCAGUCCUCUGGUGCGGCUCCAGGAGCUCCGCAUGUCUGGCGCAUGCCUCACCUCCAUCGCCGCCCAUGCCUUCCACGGCCUGACCGCCUUCCACCUCCUGGAUGUGGCAGAUAACGCUCUUCAGACCCUAGAGGAGACAGCCUUCCCUGCUCCAGACAAACUGGUCACGCUGAGGCUGUCCGGCAACCCCCUGACCUGUGACUGUCGCCUCCUCUGGCUGCUACGGCUCCGCCGCCGCCUGGACUUUGGCGCGUCGCCCCCAGCCUGUGCAGGCCCCCGGCAUGUGCAGGGGAAGAGCCUGAGGGAGUUUUCAGACAUCCUACCUCCAGGGCACUUCACCUGCCAACCAGCCCUGAUCCGAAAGUCCGGGCCGCGAUGGGUCAUCGCAGAGGAGGGGGGGCAUGCCGUUUUCUCGUGCUCCGGAGACGGAGACCCAGCCCCAACUGUCUCCUGGAUGAGGCCACAGGGGGCUUGGCUGGGAAGGGCUGGGAGAGUGAGGGUCCUAGAGGAUGGGACGCUGGAGAUCCGCUCAGUGCAGCUACAGGACAGGGGAGCCUACAUCUGCGUGGUCAGCAAUGUUGCUGGGAAUGACUCCCUGAAGACCUGGCUAGAAGUAAUCCAAGUGGAACCGCCAAAUGGCACCCUCUCUGACCCCAAUAUCACCAUGCCAGCUAUCCCAGGGCCCUUCUUCCUAGACAGCAGGGGGGUCGCUAUGGUGCUGGCAGUGGGCUUCCUUCCCUUCCUCACCUCCGUGACCCUCUGCUUUGGCCUCAUUGCCCUCUGGAGCAAGGGCAAAGGCCGGGUCAAACAUCACAUGAACUUUGACUUUGUGGCCCCUCGGCCCUCUGGGGAUAAGAACUCUGGGGGUAACCGGGUCACUGCCAAGCUCUUCUGACCUUUCCUUCCAUGGUGGAAUUCCAGCCAAGGUACCAGAAGGGAAGAAAACCACGGCUCCUUGGACCAGAAGCUAGUCCAACACUCGCCUGCCUCGUGCCAGCAGCUAAGGAUGGUCUGUCUCCCCCUGCUUUUGCAGUUUGAGGGUCCCAGGGAGCAGAAGAUACAGAUCCGCAGUCAGCCCAGCCCUCCCCAACCACCCUUCCCCCAACAAAGCAGGAAACAUCCCCAAGGGUCCAGUCUACUUGCUCGCACUUAUGCCCUUUAACAAUCACUACCAGCUGCCAACCACAGCUAUAAGAUUAUUGCAGAGGUGGGGCUAGGAAGUGCCGCUUCCUUCUCAGUGUUUCUGCUCCUCAACCAGCCAGUCUCCCUCUUUUUUUCUGCUCUGUCCCCUCCCCAGGCACAAGGAACUAGGGCCAAGGACCUUAGGGUAGGAAGAUGUGAAUGUGCGAUAGCGGUGGUGGUGGUGGGGAGGUCACACAACACAUUGGCGCUAUGUCUGCAUGAGCCUCCAAUACCUGUCCCAUCUGUCACAUCAUUAAA